UGAUGAAGUGUAUCUGUUGAUUGUCUGAAUGGGAGAAGGUGGGUUUCACACUUGUAGUUUGUGUUUGAUGGUGGUGCUGAUGAUGAAGUGUAUCUGUUGAUUGUCGGAAUGGGAGAAGGUGGGUUUUAUACUUGUAGUUUGUAUUUGAUGGUUGUUCUGAAGAUGAUGUAUAUCUGUUGAUUGUUGGAGCAGGAGAAGGAUCUCGGGAAAGCACUGUUCUAGAGUAUGUACUAGAACGUCAUCCACGGGUCUAUGUACGAGUGUUGGAACCAGAACAAAACGCUGCAGAUAUAUGCAAAGAGAAUUUUAUGGCUUUGAAAAAGAAGUACCCCUCAAUUCGCUUUGAAUGGUAUAUCACCACGUUUGAACAAUACAGGAGGGAAAUCGACACCGAGGCAGAAAUAGAUAAAUAUCACUUAAUUUUAUGUAUGGAUGUGUUGUACUAUUUGAAUGACUUAUCUGAUACAUUACGACAUUUGUAUCGAUUAUUGAAACCAAAAGCUGUUCUUGGAAUAACAACGAUUUGCACAAAAAGUGUACUUGGCAACUUUUACUUGAACUACUACAAAGACAAAGAUUAUCCUGUGUGCUUGAAUUCAGAUGAGGAUAUUAUGAAAGUGGUUACAACUUCUGGGUGGUUGACAGAAUUAAAGUAUACACCAGUGUGUGUUGAUAUGACAUCUGUUAUUCAUAAUCCAAUGUCAGAAGAAGCCAAUAUGCUCCUUGAUUUCAUAACACAUGUCAUUGAUUACCGUAAUUCAGCUCCCAAAUCCUUAGUGGGUGACACACUGGCUUAUCUGACAAAAAAUGCUGAAUAUCAGUCGGAUGGUAAAGAAACAGUAACAAAUAGUAAAGUUGAAAUUAUCAUCACCAAAGCCUGA